ACACUCCCUGGCAAAGGCCAGGGAAGUUUUUCGGAGGAGCCAAAGCCGGAAGUACCCAAUACCCAUUCCCUGUCAGUGCUCUGGAGCCUGCACUGUGCGCAAUCCCGUGGUGCAGACCUGGGAGUUGCCGGGACGCGAAAACUCCCCGGAGCCGCAGUCGCCGCGGGGCGACCUGGGAAAGUCAGCAGCGCAGUGGCGGGAACCUCAGCCCAGCGGCCCUGGAACCUCCCAGGGCUCACUGAUCACACGGACCUGGUUCUCUGUGGAACAGAACAAAGAGGCCAGGAAGAUGGAGAGAGAGAGCAGACAGUAGCUAAGGAUCCAGGGCAACAAGCCAUCUAUUCAUUGUUCCUGAAAGAGAAACUUAAAAAAGAAAAAGAGAAAGAAAUGGCUGAUUCUCCAGGAAGGAUGUCCCAGUGUCUAUUAGCAUUCUGGGAUGUAGCUGUAGACUUCUCCCAGGAGGAGUGGGAAUGCCUGAACUCUGUGCAGAGAACUUUGUACAUUGAUGUGAUGUUGGAGAAUUACAGCAACCUGGUCUCUGUGGAGAACUAUUGCAAAUGUGAUCCUGUCCAUCAGCAUGUGAAUAAUGAAAAGGAGUCUCAUCAGUGCAAUGAGCUUGGCAAAGUGCUUCAUGACCCAUCCACAUGUGCACUUAAUAAAACAAGUGAAACUCCAGAAAACUCUAAUGACUGCAGAUGCAGUAAUCACAGGGAUGCCUCUAUUGACUCAUCAAAUAUCAAUAGACAUAAAAGUAUGCAUACUGGAGAAGAACUUCGUAAAUUUAAAGACCAUGAGAAAUCUUUAAAUUUAUGGUCCCACAUUAUUCAAGAUCAGAGAGUCUACACUACAAAAAAAGAGCACAGACAGGGACAAUAUGAUGAUGUUUUCAGCUGUGGUCUUUUACAACAAACUAUCUACAUUGGAGAGAAACCACAUCAGUGUAAGAAAUGUGGAAAAUGCUUCAGUACUGCCUCAAGCCACACUGUACAUCAGAGAAUUCAUACUGGAAAGAAACUUUACAAAUGCAACAUUUGUGACAAAUCCUUUAACCAGUACACAAAUCUGAAAACACAUCAAAGACUUCAUACUGGGGAGAAACCUUACAUAUGUGAAGAGUGUGGAAUGUCAUUUCGUCAGUUGUCAGCACUUAAAAACCAUUGGAAAAUGCAUACUGGAGAGAAGCCUUACAAAUGUCAGGAAUGUAACAAAUCUUUUACUGUGAAGUCAACUCUUACAAAGCAUCAGAGAAUUCAUACUGGAAAGAAACCCUACAAGUGCAACGUUUGUGACAAAUCCUUUAGUCAGUGUUCAAGUCUGAAAACACAUCAAAGACUCCAUACUGGAGAGAAACCUUACAAAUGCAGAGAAUGUGGAAAGUCCUUUCCUCAGUUAUCAGCACUUAAAAGCCAUCAGAAAAUGCAUACAAACAAAAGACAUGCUGGAGAGAAGCUUUAUCAAUGCAGUGAGUGUGACAGAUCCUGUCGACACUAUUCAUCAUUAAAAAGGCAUCAAAAAAUUCAUUCUCUAGAGAAAUUAUACACAUGCAAAGAAUGUGGUAAAUCCUUCCUUGAAUUAUCACACCUGAGAACCCAUUACAGAAUCCAUACAGGUGAGAAGCCAUACAAAUGUGAGAUAUGUGACAAAUGCUUUACCACAAGCUCCAUUCUUAAAACACAUCAGAAAAUUCAUACUGGAGAGAAACCGUACAAGUGUAUGCAAUGUGACAAAUCUUUUAUCCAGGACUCACAUCUUAGAAGACAUCAAAGAGUUCACACUGGAGAGAGACCUUACAGUUGUAACGAAUGUGACAAAUCUUUUUCUAAGAGCUCAACUCUUAGAGAACAUCAGAAAAUCCAUACUGGAGAGAAAACUUACAAAUGCAAAGCCUGUGACCUAUCCUUUAUCAUGUAUUCAAAUCUGAGGAAACAUCAGAAAGUCCAUACUGAAGUGAGACAUAACGUCUGUAAGGAAUGUGGCAAAUCUUUUACUAGAAGCUCAUAUCUUAGAGUACAUCAGAAAAUUCAUACUGGAGAGAAACCGUACAAAUGCAAAGACUGUGACAAAUCCUUCACCCAGAGUUCAAAUCUUAGGACACAUUGCAGAGUUCACACAGGAGAAAGACAGUGCAUAUGUAAGGAAUGUGGUGAAUCUUUUAGUAAGUUCUCAACUCUUCAAGCACAUCAGAAAAUUCAUACUGGAGAGAGAAAUGCCAUUUUGCAUAAUGUGAUGUAGCAUUUAUCUGGUAUUCUCUGCUUACAAAUCACAACAGUAGACACAAAGAAACAUAAAGAUAUGAAAAUUGUAAAGCCUUUAAUGAGGUUUAAAUCUUAGAAAAGUACCACAGAGUUUAUAUUAAAAUAAAAUUCUGCAAAUAUAACUGUAAAAAG